AUGUUCCUCCAGAUCACUGCCAAGGACGAUGUUUCCCUUUUUUACCACACGUCCGGCGCCGCUCCUUCGCCUGCUGCUACUGAUGAGCGCGAGAACUUUGGCCAGCAUAAGACCGCUAAGGAGCUGUACGACGUUGUCGUUGCACGCUACUCCUCCCCUGCCACUGCUGCGAUAGGCCGUCUCUCACUGCCCUAUCUCUUCCUCGAUCUGUCUGCCUUUGCCACUGUAGCUAACCUCAUCACGCACCUUCGUACUAGUGAUCUUCGCUAUCGUGCCGCGCUUCCCCCCGAUUUCCUAGCCAAGAACCCUCCCCCGAUGUACCUCACACUCUAUCACCUGGUCACCCGCCUCCCUGACUCCCUUCGCACUUUGAGGGACCACUUUUUCGCCCUCUCCCCUACCGACCUCACUGUUGACCUGCUCGAGAAGGAACUCCUCGAAGCUGAGAAGAGCAUUGUAGCUGUAGGUGCCUCUCGUGGCGACCCUCGCACUCCCUUCUUUGAGGGGUGCUCCCCCUCCCCCCUCCUCCCCUCCAUUGCAUCUGGUGCUGCUGUCGACUACCUCGGUGCUGAGGGGGUUGGGGCUGCGUCUGCUCCUAGUGGGAGGCGCAAGGGCGGCAGGGGCAAGGGGGGCAGGGGUGGCGGAGGUGGCGGCAGGGGCGGCGGCGGUGGAGGGGGUGGAGGGGGCGGGGGUGGUGGCGGUGGUGGGAGUGGCGCUGGUGGUGGGGGGGUCAGUGGCGGGGCAGGGGGUGGAGGCGGCGGAGGUGGCGGGGGUGGUGGUGGCAGUGGUGGAGGCGGUGGAGUAGGUGGCGGGCGCGGCGGAGCAGUGCAGCAUGGGGGGUUCGGCGGUACCUGCCCGUACGUCAUCCGCACAGGUGACCGCACUGGCCAGACAUGUUGGAGGUUCCACACGGCGCAGCGCUGCUUCUUUCGACUUGACGACGCUUGGCGCGAGCAGUUUCCUGAUGCCGCUGAGUUGCCCCGCUGGGCUGAUCUGCUUAAGAAGGGAAUUGAUAUCUUUGCUCUUGAUUAUGAUGCUAUUCUUGGUGCUAUGUACGCAUUGACUAUUAGUGUUGAGGGUGACUGUUACCUGAGUGUACCGCCUGACCCGGGAAUAGGGACCACUGAGACUACCGCUCUAGGUGCUAGUGCGUCUGCUGCGCUGCGUCCUGGUGAGGCUGCUGCUCUAGGUGCCAGUGAGUCUGCUGCUCCAGGUGCUUGUCUGUACCUCCCCUCGUUCUCUACGAACUUGGUGGCGGGCUCUGCUCUCCAGGACGGGGGUGUUCACCAGUUCACCCCUGCCUAUAAGCGUGUGACCUACUGUACGUGUGCUCGGACGGGUCGCCACCUGGCUACCUUUACUCGGCAGCCGGGGUCGGACCUGUACACACUGACCACUGAGUCCCCUCAGGUAGCUGCAUCUGCGUCUGCGUCAGGUCAGCUGUCGGCCCCCUGCUCGUGUCGCAACCUGUCGCACCAGACCAUCCUCUGGCACCACCGCCUUGGUCACCCUUCAGUGCAGCGCCUUCGUGGCAUGCACUCCCGGUACCUUGUCUCUGGUCUUCCCAGGGUUCUCCCUCCUCUCCCACCCUCGCCUGCUCCUCCCUGUCUUCCCUGUGUCGAGGGGCGGCAGCGCGCCACUCCUGACUCCUCCUCGUUCCCUCCCACAGAGGCUCCUCUGCAGACUCUCCACCUGGACGUGUGGGGCCCAGCCCGCGUCCGUGGACAAGGCCACGAGCGGUACUUCCUGCUGGUCGUCGAUGACUACACGCGUUACACCACGGUCUUUCCCUUGCGCACCAAGGUGCAGUACGCUGCGCAUCAGCUCAACCUCUGGCCUCGGGUCUCUGCUCCGAAGACCUCGCCCACACUGCGUUGGACGGGGAAGGUUGGCGAUGCGUCGGUGUUCCGAGUCUGGGGAUGUCGAGCCUUUGUCCGCGAUACGUCCGCGGACAAGCUCUCCUCCCGUGCCGUUCCCUGCGUCUUUCUUGGCUUUGUCCCUGACGCGCCUGGCUAA